AGUGUAUUUUACUCCUAACCGAGCUCUAUCAGGCCUAGCUCUAGUGGGUCUUCCUGGGACUAAAGGUUACAUUAAUAUCGUAUCAGACUCUCAGAUUGAAGGGAAUGAGAUAAUACUGCAGGUACCUUUCAUCCUCUCCCAGUGCCCCCUCGGCUACACUGACCCACCUGGAGCUGCUAGUAUCAGUGAGGUACUGGAUCUUAUAAAUGAAGAGUAUCUGACGAUACAGCGAAUACCUUCCUCGCAGCCGCUGGCCUGUCAGUGCUACUCUCCUCUCUCCUUUGGUUCAGCUGCUCAGUUCUACCACCGCUCCUGUAUUCUUGAUUACACCGUUAAAUUAUCUAGCGCUUUGUGGGCGGGGCUCAUACCAAUUAACACCUCAGAGGUUAACGAGUUGGCAACGGUUUCUUGUCCUUCACCUAGUCCAGACUCUUUACUGAUAGAGGAUUCUUUGACGUCACUAAUAAAUUCGGAGAGAGAGAAACAAUUAUUAAUCCUCGGACAGUCGGAAGACCCAAAUGCAAACCCAGUUGAUGUCAUACCAUACAAUGGAGUGAUAAGAGCUGGAGGGGGAGCCCCUGUACUCUGCUACUCUAAUCACACUAUCCAGGAGUUGGUUGACUUUAAAUCCGAUGGGGUUUUCAGCGUAGAUUAUUGUAGUUUGGGUUUUUGUAGAGGGAACUCAGAAUCGGACUGGUAUUUAUCCGAUGUUGAUUAUCCUUGUGUUGAGACUAGGGAAGGUGUCCUUUGUGGUCAUUGUAAAUCAGGUUUAUCCCAAACUGUUACCACUACGGUGUGUAGGGAUUGCUCCAGUCCCAGGUGGUAUAUACCAUUAUUAACAACACUCAUUGGUGGCUUCCUACUGGUGGCUCUAGUGACUGCUUUUAAUAUUGGGGUCUCACCUAUUUUUGAUGUCCUCUUGUUCUUUGUACAGAGUGUUUAUGUUGCUGUCAGUAAUCAAACUGGCUAUGAGAGCUUCCUCUCUAUUUCAGUCUUCAAUCUUGACUUUACACUCGACCAAUGCAUCACUUCUAAUCUAGGAGCCCUCACCAGACUCCUCUUACAAUAUGCAACACCAAUCUACAUCCUCCUUUUCCUACUGACCAUAAUCUCACUGACAAAGAUCAAAAGAGUUGCUAAAUAUCUUGGUCAGCACUCCAUCCUCCAUGCACUCUGGCUCCUGAUACUAAUAUCAUACUUGAACAUAGCCAAGACUACUUUUGAGAUAGUCCAUUGUCAGAAUAUUGGUCCUCUGGAUGACAGGAGAUAUGUAUUAGUAUAUGAUGCUUCAAUACAGUGCUGGUCAGGUGGGCAUCUUGCUUGGGCUCUGAUAGCUGUUCUCCUAGCUGCUUUCUUUAUACUGCCUUUUCCAUUUUAUGUCUGGCUGGCCACUCAAUCUCAUAAAUUGAAGCCAGUCUCUGAUGUAUAUACAAGCAUAUACAAAGAUACUCAUCGUAACUGGGUGGUCUGGAACCUCCUUUAUAGGCUACUUAUUGUCCUAGUUGGAGUUUUUGUAGUCAAUUUCUUCUACAGACAUUUCUCUCUGCUGUUGUCAUUUGUCGUAGUCCUGGGUAUAUUCGUAUUAUUCAGACCUUAUCAUUCUCCUAUUGAUAACCUUUAUGGAGGCUUUGUUGCUAUCUGUCUAGUUAUAUUCUCUAUUGUCACCGAUCCAUUUUCAUCUGAGUAUCUUGAUCCACACAGAAUAGUCAGUUGGUUGAUAAUGUCAAUAGUAUUGAUUAGUGGUGGUUGUCUACUGAUACUAGAAGGAGUUUUAAAAUAUUUGCGAUACAAAGGAAAGUCGUAUACUAAAGAUGACGUGUUGAAGUCUUGCAAAGAUCGUUUGCUUCUUGUAAAAGAGAAAUUAAAGAAAAGAAGAAGUAGUUUAUUGAUAAAUGCUUCAGUCAGUCCACCUGGUAUAAGUUCAAAAGGUUACAUGCCGUUUCGUGAGCCACUGAUUGACAGUGAGCAGUAUAUACCAUCAGAAAGUCAGAGGAAUAUUGAAAACUCGAGGAGCAUUGAAUUUGUUGAAAAUGUUAAAGAGAAACAUGUCAUCACAUCUAGUGUAGUCUCCCUCACUAACUCACUAGUGUGACAAAUAAUAGUUUAGGUAACAAUUUAUAAUUAUUUUUUGUGAAUUUGGUGUGUGUUUUAUUUCUUUUAA